CUUGUAAUUCAUGAAAGAAUUAAGCAUCGAAAUAACAAAAUUAUACCUCACCGUUAUUCACUUAUUCAACCUUCUCUUGAGCAAAUCAUGUUUUAUCAGGAUGCAUUUAUAGUUCUUAUCAAAAAAUGUCUUGGCUUUAAUAGGCAUUCAAUCGGCACAAAACAAGUUUCUAUUAACGCUUUUCCAGAAAAUAUAUUUGUUUACCUUUUUGAAAAUGAGCCUUCUUUCCGAUAUAGUCCUGUGCAACGAAAAUAUUUUUGUUUAUUUCAGGGUGAGGUCGGAGAACAAAGGUUAAAACAAUUGGUUAAUUAUGAUUAUUGGAAUGUUCGACAGGAUCCAAAAUUAAAAACUAUAGGUUAUGUUCUAUUUAUGGAUAAUGAGAGUUCUUAUAAAGUUACCUUUAGUUGGUCGCAAACAGAGCUAAAAGAGAAUGAUCGUAUCUUUCAAUGUGGAACUGCUUCUUGUAAAUUUGUAGCAGAUUUUGGAGAAUUUUCUGAACUGCCUACCGUAACCCAAACGAAUCAAGUUACUCCACAACAAGCACUAAAUCUGCCGCAAAUUCAUGAUGUUGAUUCAAGCAAGAACAUUUUAAAUAAUAUAUCUUCUCAAAGAAGUUAUAGGUUUAUAUUACCACGCGUGCCUUUUCAACAACUUAAUAAAUAA